AUGAACAACUACAAACUAUCAGAAUGCAUGACCAUACUCAGAUCACCAUAAUAAUUCUUGGGAGACGAGCCAUCUGUCUCUGUACAACUUAUCGUGGUGGUCGUGACCUUUAUACCCAAUCCCAUGUUAGCCUGCAUUCGUCGCAGUUCCAACAACAACAUGAGGGUCACGCCGUCUGUUUUUGCCCUGUUAUUGGUAUUUGCCGUGCUCGGUUCUGUGUUGGGUAAAGCCAAAAACACAGACCUCGCAGAAAACACUUUGGUUCAGAGGGCUCUGACCGAUGAAGAACUGAAAGAUCCCAAUAAACGCGUCGCCGUAGGUGCAGUAGUGGCUGGUGUAACAGCCGUGCUGCCCCUCCUGGAGAAGGUCGCAUCAUACGUUCACACGGCCCGGUCCUGCGUGAUAGCCAUUGCAAACCAAGGGAACAAAGCCUUAGUAAAUCCAACUUGGUACACGGACAAUGGUGUUAUCAGUGGUCAUCCGCCGUACACCAUUCUGCCCAAUACAACCGGACUCCUGGAGUUUGACCAAGGCAAACUUCCCGCGGGCACCGAAGGGGUGGUGGCAUACGAGGUGGCCGGAACCAACUGGAGAGUCGCCGUGAUGUGGAGUGUGCCGUAUAUCUAUGGAAUCUGGUCCAACCAUUUCCACGUGAAGGUGUAUAAUAACAUGGACGCUUCAAAGGAGAUGUUCAAACAGAUGUACCAUCUCGCCGACCCCCGCAAUGCAGAAAACGGCGGCUACAUCAACGCCGUUGAACACGGCAUUGUCAUGCGGUCCACCAUGACCGACUCCAGCGUGGCCCGUCUUGCCGUAUGGGUCGACCCCAGCAACCCCGAAGGUGACAUCUGGUGGAAGAAUUUGCACUCCGGAUGUUCUUAUAACGCGCUAUGGUUCAGUAGUUACUGCUGGAGAGAGUGCCCUAACGCCACGGGAUGGUGCUGGCAAGACAUUAAGUGCAGUAACGACAACGCCUGUAGUACCACCAUGGCCCAAAAGUGCCACUCUGGGUGUUAGGUUUAAUGUGGCAUGACACAGAUUUGGUGGAAAAAAUGGAUGUUGCCUUUUUUGAAAGUGAAAGCUGUGUUGUGGAAUGAAUAAAUUAUGCAGAUCAAACUGGUAUUUUUCUUGAAUAUUUAAUAAGCUUAUACAUACAUUCUUUGUGCAUUUAAAGGGA